UUGACCGGACAUCACCAUGGCGACUGGACGCGGACAGUUUAGAAGUGUAAUACUGUCGCAGUUAAUUUUUGACAUAGGCCUACAGGAAUAGGGAUGGUAACUAAAAGGGAGAACAAACGCCAUUUAUUCGGCUAACGUUUACAUAGUGACGGUUGCCCAUUUUACUGUAUCCUAACGUCCGCGGCCUAGGUCAAGACCAGUGAAACAAAUGGCAGCACCAAAAGCAGUCACUUCCAGAGUGCGGGCAGUGAGGACGUCCAAAAGAGCUGACAAAUCAUCUCCAGCGUCCACUCAGAACUUUAUGGAAAGACUGCCAUCUGAGAUCCUGAUUAAGAUUCUGUCAUACCUGGAUGCCUCCACUCUUUUCAGCAUCAGCCACAUCAAUAAGUUCUUCUAUCAGCUUGCCAAUGAUAAUGCUCUGUGGAACAAGAUAUACAUAGCAGAGUUUGGCAAGAAUAAAAAGGGGAAACCUAAUUGCAUGGAUGAACUGCUGCUGAAGAUGACCACAGUGGAGGUGCAGCAUCGGGCCAUGGGCUACUGGAAGAGGCUGUACUUCAGGACUGGAGCCGCAUGUGACAUGAACAAGUGGAAAAGACAUCUCGGGCUCAUCAGCUGUCACACUGGGUUGCCCAGCCAAACAGAGCGGGUCCUCAGAAACUUGCACGUCACCUGGGAGUUGACUGUCUCUGAUAAGUCGGGGCAUGAGGUCACAUAUGAGCUGAGCUGGUCCCAGUUCUGCCAGACAUCUGUGACGCUGUGCUGGAGCGGAGGAGGCUGCUUGCCCAACUACCAGCAGAUUUCCACCUUUCAACUCCACAGUGUCAGGAGGAUAGCCCUCAGCUGCCCCGGCCUAAAGAAACCUGGCUGGAGGUCCCUCAUAGCGAAGUUAGACAUGCAGACUAUGACUAAAAGCAUGCAGGUCAUUGGCCAGGACAGACUGGUUGAACUGAAGCUGCUACAGCCUGGCAUCAUCAUCGGUGUCUGGAGGGACCAAUGCUCCAUUGCCUUUGUCAUGUUCACCCUUCACUUCCACAGGCUGGUGGAAAGAUGCAUCCAGGGAUCUUCUGUUUGCCCCUAUGUGGAGCCAACGGUCAAACCCCCUUUUGAUGACAUAGACCCUGAAUACGGUCUCCAUGGUUACCAACUACACAUUGUUCUGCACGACACUGUAUGCGAGAUCAUGUCCGGAAGCUUCUCCCAGCUCUUCUGCCGGAGAACUCAGAUCUGUGACGGCCUAAUCCAGUUAACUGCCAUUAGCAGGGCAGACUUGUCGCAGCACACACCUCUGUCAGGCAACAUCACCCUGCCCUGGAGGUGUGAGGCCCUGCAGGGCGCAGUGGAGAAUUGCUGCAUCAUGAGUCUGACUCUACUGGACGAAUUCAAGAAACCCUUCUGGUGUGUCAGCUCUCCUGUUUCCAUGGAGCUGGAGAAGGCGUCUGUCUCCUAUGACUAUGACGGUGAGCACUUCCUGAUCCACUAUCUGGACUCAGAUGGUCAGGUGAAGAUAAAACUUGUGUGGAUGAAAGAACAAAAGCAGUUUUUCCUCAUAAGCUUAGUUGUCUAUGUGACUGUUUGCAAAGUCAACAAGCAUUUCACUAGAGAUUACUGAUCCUGCAGUAUUUCUGGAACAGGUUUUUAGUCAUUACAGUACAGUUGAAUACUACGAUUUUGCUUUUUAAUAUUUUAAUUAAACAUAUUACAUCUAUAUAUGAUAUGCUGAUGUUGUAUUAUAUCAGUACAUCUACAUCACCUUGUUUAUAGUGAAAAUAGAGUGUACCACCAGAAUAAUUUAACACUUUUAGUGGUUAAUGGUAAUUUUAAAAUUAAUUGAUAAUUUUAAAACAGCAAUUUAUCAAGAGAUUUAUUUUGUAUAUACAGAAAAUGUUGCAGUGCCUAUUUGCCAGAGUAAUGAUACUUUUUAUAUCAUUUUGUAUUUAAAUGCUGAAUAAAUGAAUAUAUUUUUAAAUGGAUUUAUGGAAUAAUUUAUGAUCUGCUUUGAAAUUUGAAAUUUAUUUCAGUUUACAAAUGUGUCCUCCUGUUAUAUUUUAUCCCAUGCUUUAUUUGUUUAUGUGUGUUUUACAGUUUAGGUUUACUCACACAAAAUAAUUUUGCAUCUGUUUUAUGAACUAAUUAAUGUAAUCAAUUUUUCAUAUAACUUAAAUAUAAUUAAUAAUCCAUUGAUAGUUAGGGAUCAUUAAUGUAUUGAUUAUAAUAAUAUUGUAAUGAAACAUUCUAUAAUUAUUCAGGUGACACACUCCAAAUGUUUGCGCACAACAUGUGUGUUUGUAAUACUCAAUAAAUCAAUACAAAAAAGUGAAAAUAUUCUGUAAGAAAAUACAAACUUGAGACUGUUGGUCAAAGGUUCAACUCCUAAUUAUUAAAACAAAUAUUCAAAUGUACUUCUUUAAGAAGUAGUUUUAUAAAAUAUUUUACCAUUUUGUUUGUUUGUAUUUGUUUGUGAUUCAAUAAAUGUUCUUUUGUUACAGUUGAA